AUGGGCAAGGCAAAAAACAUUUUGUUGGCUCCUCCUCUUCUCUGCGGCGACAUGAUUCCCCUCCCCUUCGUCGCCCUGGUCCUGGUCGUUGUUGUAGGAGACCUGAUAUGGAGAUUACGCUCACGAGUUGAAAAAGCUAAUCGAAGAGGGAUUCUUGAGAUCAUUCGAGACCUUAGAACUCUCGCACCCCGUCAUGAAACUGCCUCAGCGCUACUAAAGCUCAUUGACGAGGACGGGGCAGGAGCUUGGCCACCAAAUGCAGAGCACAACGCAUGGCCAGCGGCUUUCCGUCCAUACAAGGACAUAUAUCUAGAGCUGCUGCCACUGUUCACCACAGCUGAACCAGUGCUUCACGAUAAUAUCAGCAAUGAGCGGCGAAAUCACUAUCGAUCGCUUAUGAGAAAGCUUUUGGUGGAGCGUAUCAACAUCGUAGAGGUUGAAAAAGCCCUUGCUAAGGUGGAAAGAGGAGUUUGGAAUGGGUUUCCUCGAGAUGCAUACAACGGUAUUUAUUGCUGUAUAGCAACAUCCCGCCAUGCCUACAGAUGGGCACUGAACCCUAUUGUCAAAGUCGCUCAACUUGAAACUAUUGUCGAGUUCCCGCCAGAACUGGUGAUCCCAUGGUCCUACUUCCAGCGAAAAUUUGGCGUGACGUCUGAGUGUGGAAAUGGCACUGCAAACGUCUUGCAUAAUUUUUCCCAGAAAGGCGAGAUUAUAUACAAAAUUAACGUCGGCGUACCGGAUCUGAUAACCUCAUCUGAGGAGGCUUUCUUUCGUAUUUUCCGCCAGAUUGAAACCUUGGCCCUCUCUAUUAUGAUAUGCUAUAUCCAAGGCUUCCAUGGCUGGGGUAUAGGGAAAAUGGUCAACGGAAAGUUUGUCAAGUACAAUGGCCUCUCCGGCAGCCACAUGCUAUUCUUCUUUGCGGUAGAUGCUUUUCUGGGGCUAGAACUCUACCUCUCUGAUGAAGAGAGGAUGAGAAACAUCCCAGCUACCCAGAGAAAGCUUGCCUCUCUGUUUAAGAAGUAUUCUUUUCGCCAUAGACUACGAGAAGAUGAGGAUAUGAAGGAUGAAGUUAUGAGGAUGGUCAACCAAAUGCAGCUUCGCGGCCGCGGAAUAUCUGUAAUGGCUACGAAAGUUCCGCCCGUCACAUGUGAUGACCUGGCUACAUUCCAUGCCAAACAUUUCGCGACUCAUAAUUUCAAAUCAGCAAUAGCCUCUAAUAUCAUAACACCGGCCUGUAAUGCCAUAGAAACUGCAGCUACGGGUUAUGAGAACUCUUUUGACGAUGGCCUGGGGUAUUAUCCUGACGGGGUAAAACGUACACUCACCGACCAGCAGAUUCAAAUAUUCAGACAUAGUGAGAUUCAAGCUCUUCUCCGCCAGAAGGAGCUCGAAGAACAAUCUUUUGGUAAUGACGAGCAGACCAAAGAUGGCUCGGUCAAAUAUGAAGCACGUGGCCAAAUCGAUGUAGCUGCCUCUACCAGCUAUACAGCGUCGAAUAACAAGAAAGGAGUUUGUAAGGAACAUGGCCAGUCAAAACGCACAAAACUAAUAGACGACAUAAACGGUCAAAUCAAUGAAACGCCGAAUAAUUUCAAACGCCCCGUCCAGAACGAUUUGAACCAGAUUGGGACUUUUCAACCAGAAGGAAAGAAGACAGCUAAAGCACCAGCCGAAUUUCAACGACGCCUUGUUUCCUAUGGUGAUGCAUGA